UCUUUAUCCAACAUGUCGGUACCGCUGGUAAACAAUUUUGAGGUCCCAUCAUGGUAAUGUUCACAUUUUUAUGUCGCUACACUUUAUUAUUAAGUGAUUUCACAUACACGUCUAAAUGAUUGCACAAUCUUGCUCAUUAAUAUUUGUGUUUAAGGCGAUAUUUAUGGCAUAAAGGCCACGAUUACAGUAGUGUUGGCAGGGGCCGGGUUACUUCAUGUUUUAGAAAAAAGGAGAAGAUAGGAUAGGGCCUGAAACGAAAACUCUAAAACAAUAAUACUAAUAAAAGUGGGUAGAAAAAUCUUUAUUUGAUAUUCUUCUAAAGUCAUAUAUAUGAUGAUGUAGCCAAGGCAACUAGAUAUAAUGAUAUACCGGUAGUUCAUUGGUUUUAUGAAUAUAUGACAUGACAGUGAUAUAAAUUAUACUAUAAAUAUACUAAAUCGGCUAUUGUUGAUAAUCAUGCCCAUGAUGUCAUUUGCAUGUUUAUGAUAGUUGCAGUGAGAUAGGGUUCAGGCAAGGCAUAGGGAUUGACUUAGGGUUCAGGUUAGGCAUAGGGAUAGAUUUAGGGAUACAUUAGUGAAUUAGUGACAUAAUUAACUGGUUGUGUCAACCAAGAUGGCGGGCAUUAUUCUCAACAUUUAUUGUUUGUUGAUAUUUAUUGACAAUUAUUGUUAGUCCCUGCCCUAUUUGAUAACUAGUAUAGUAGUAAUAUUAAUAUUAUCAUUUAAUAUUUUAACAGCUUAACUAUAGUAUUGUGGGCUCUACUGUACGUAGUAUUAGUAUUAUUAAUAAUUAGGCUGUGUCUACACGUCCGGCGCGCCGGACGUCUAUCUCCCGCACUAUGUGUCCGGCGACCAAGUCACAUGACCGCCGUAACAAAGUGGCGAGAGAUGCCUUGUCACGUGACUGCGAAUAAUUCAAAACUAUUGUUAAUUUUAAAAUCUAUUUCUCUACCAAGUAAUGUACUGAGUAUCUUGAAUGCAAAUACUAGAAAAAGAAACUUAAGUGAAAGUGGCUUGUAAACAUUUUUGUUUAGUUUGUUAUUUUUUGUGUACCAGUAAUCCAUAAAAUAAAUUAGGGGCCAGUGUGGCAACCAAUAAAAGUUAAAGAUUUCAUUUUAAAUUAUUUCAAUUGCUACAAAAUAUUUAAAAACUUCUCAUGAAACUACUGUUGCUGAGGAACAUGAUAAUAUAAAUAUAUACAAAAUAUUUUAAUUAAAAUGGGAAGAAAAAAAACGACCCUAUCCCCGGUAUAGAUCCUCAAACAUUCCUAUCGUCAAGCAACCACUCUACCACAAGACCAGACAAGAUGUAAUAAAUCGUACUUCGUUUGGAAUUAUAAAAACUACUAGCCGUCCGGCCAUGUCCGGCGGUCAAGUGACAAGUCGCCGGACGUGUAUCUUGUGCACUACACGUCCGGCGUCCGGCGCGCCGGACGUGUAGACACUUCGUAAUAAUUAUGGCAUGGGCAUUUUAUUAUAUGGCACAGGGCUUGACUUUGACAGGUCUAUUAUUUUGGAGUACAACACUGAACACUCAACACAAUCAGCUACGUAAGUGUGUAACUGGGAGAAGGCGUAGAUCAUAUUUGUGUGCACAAUUAUCAGAUUUUGUUGCUGGAGGCAACGUAGGCACUUCAGUUUUGGCAGGGAAACGCUGUAAACUGUGUAACAUGAUUUUAUCAAAAUGACGGCCUCCACUUUUUAAUUAACUAAUAGUAUCAUAGGCUCAGAUUUUUUGCCGAUUAUAGACCAACAUGCACAUUCUAUUUCCCUCAAUAUCGUAGAGUAGACAUCUUGUUUUCUCAUUAGAUACUUUUGGUAUGAAAAAGAAUUUGAGGCCUUAACUUUAAAAAUAGCAGGUAAAAUAAUGUUAAAUUAACUCAUUUAGAUUAUAUUGUAUUUUGGAAAAUGUGUAUCUCUUAAAUGAAAAGUCGUCGAGAGAUAACUGCAUAAAUGACAAAAUAUAACAAAUUUGCAAGGUUAGAGUUAGAACAAACCCAUGGGCCAUGGGUGAGAAAAUUUUGUGCAAAUGUUUUGUCAUGUGUGUUUUGAAAUUCCCUGUUCAUUUAACUGACUUUUUUUAAGGAAUAACUUGAGUUACGCAGGAAAUCCAGCAUAUUACGACAUAGUUAUAAUAACUCAUUAUAAUAUAAAAUAUUUUAAUUAUUAUUAAAUAUUUCCAAUAUGAUCUGUUGUUAUGCUGUUAUUUGAGGUAAUUAUUAGGGGGAAGUGGGAUAAAAAUGCCUUUAUUACAACUGAAAUAGUCAUAUUAAUGAUAUAUUAUAUAUAUAUGUAUAGAUAUAUAUAUAUAGAUAGAUAUAUAUAUAUAUAUAUAUAUAUACAUACACACAUAGUUCCUAUAGGCCUAUUAUAGUUACGAAGUGGCUAUUCGGACCCGGGUCGGAGAAGUUAGAGGUUGAGAUUAAAAUUUAUAAAAAAAAAUUAUUGUUAGGUUGUAAGACAACAUUUGGUAUCAAAUGAAAGAUAAUUGAAUGGACUAUAUUAUGUUUGUAAACUUAGUUCUUCAGUUUAAUUAAAAUAAACUACCACGAAUGACAUCCAAAUAGCAUUGAGUCUAAAGAGACCCGGGUCCAAAUAGCCGCAUCCUUAUAGUUAAUUAUUCAAUAUAGGCCUAGCCCCACCCCAACUUAUUAUUUGUUGGACCUAAGAUAAUAAAUAAUAAUUACCCGGUAAUGAUAUUUUAGGAUAUGUAAUCAUAUUUAAAUUGAUAUUAUGAUUUAAGGCAUACAUUUAAAAAAAUGUAAACAAAUAUUCACUUACCUUUGAUAUUGAAAUAUCCUAUAUCAUAAUAUUCCAUAAGAGAAUUAUUAUAUAAUCCUCAGUAUUCUCCGAGGCAAAAAAAACACUUUCUGGCACAAUAAUUCGAUAAUUACUUAAGAUAUUGUUAUGGAACAAUCAUAAUGAUAUAAUCGUGCCGCAAAGGGGCACACAGGAAGCACACCGCAGCCGGGAAAGCCCCACCUGCCAUCCAUCCGAUUGAGCAAACAAGUGGGGCAUCACUGACAGAGGAGCACCCGGCCGAUUGGUGGUUCUGCUAAAAAAAACACCCCUUCCAAUCCCUGGGUGGCCCUCUAUUAUUACUAAAUGAAUCAAUUAAUCUCUGGAUUAUAUUUUUAUAAUUCUAAAUGUUAAACAGCUCCACAGAAAAGAUGAAACUAAAUCUAAAGAAUUUUAUUAUUUUGGGAAAAUUUGUAAAAAAUAUAUAUUUUAAACAUUUUAUUAAUUAUAUACAAAUAAGUGUUGAGUCAGCAUAUUUUAUACAUAAUUAUAUAUGAAAAUUUAUAGACAUUAAAAAAAAAUUGGGGGAAUGUUAACAAUAACUAAAUUUAAGCUUUCUGGUUUUAUUUAGUAAAACUCAUAUCUAACUACAUUCCCUGUAAAAAAUUUAUUUUUAUCUCAUUUUAUAAUAAAGUUAUAGGACUAUAAAUAAAAACAAGCAAACUAUGGGUCAUAAAGUGUGGAGAAAAACUCCACAUCAAAAAAUGGGUUUGAGUUCCUUACUAAAAAAAUUCAUAACUUUUGAAUGACUUGAGCUAUAAAGUUGAUCUUUGCGUUUUCGUUAACCAUUCUCUAGGCUUUAUACACAUGUAGCAUUUUUAUAUUUAAAAAAAUGAAAUUUCACCAAAGUGCCUGGCCAGUGUUCUACUCUGACAAUGACACGCCUGACUAUAGGUAAAAUCGGUUGUUUCUCUGACUCUGUCACAGCUGUGCAUAAUGUAGGUUUCCAAAUCUUCUCUGUAGAAUCUGGCUUAGUUGCCCUUCUAUUAUUCUGUGCCAGUUCUCUUUAGGUCUUUAAGGGUUUUGCUUUCCCUGAUCUUUUUCGAAUAAUAUGCAUCUUUUAUCUACAUUUUCUGAAGCUAUAGCUGUCAUUCUAAAUUUACAUUUCAGCUUCUCACGGGAGAUAUAAUUUGUGUGAUAAAUAAAUAUUAGAUCUAUAUUUAAGAGAGAAAUUAGACAUGUUUGGAACUACUCUCUUACCAUGACUGUCAGCUUAACUUUUCAAGUCAAAAUUUUCAUAUUGGCCAACAUGUUUAAAUUUUCAUUACUUUUAUUUCUUUUCUCUAAAUGUGGUCAAAGCUAUCAGGCUAAUUGCUUAAAAAUUAUUGGUCAUUUUUUUUUAUUGGCACCAUUAAGUUUAUCUUGUUCACUGGAAUUCAAGUUAAAGCAAAACUCAGAAGAAAAGAGGUAUUAUAGAGGUCAACUCUUUAUCUAGUCAUUCAGCCCGAUUGAUGCUAAGAUAAUUGCCGUUAUGGGCAGAGCUAAUUAAAAGACUUGCUAUUCAAUGAAUAAUAUAUAAUUUCAUCAUGUCAAUUAAUUUUAAUUUGGUGGCAUUGGUACAUGAUGCCCGUCUGUAAAAUGGUGGAAUGUGUUUGUGGUCAUAUAUUUGUGAUGAGGAUGUCUGAUUUUUUGCAAUAUUGGGGGGGGGGGGGGGGGGGGGGGGGGGGGGGGGGGUAGAAUCUUAGAGAUGGUCCAUUAGCAAUUUACCUUAAUAAUUUUUGUACAAUUGACUUGAUAGAGAAUGUAAAUGAAAAAUUUUAUUUUGGAUCUUGUGGUUUUAAUCAUGUUAUUGUAACUAUUAACUCAAUGUUAAAAUUAAAUAUUUUUUUUUUACUUCACGUUAGCAGCAUAAUGAAAACCUACAAAUAUAUUUGCCCACUCUUAAAUUCUACUUUGCUAUCAGUUUUAAUGGGUUGGAGGGUUGGCCUUAUAAAUUCUAUUUACUAAAGAAUAGAUGAAAUAGAUGUGACUCAUAUGUUUUGAAAUGGUGAUGUUUUGUGUUAAAGAUUAUCAUUUUUUUUAAUCCAACUACUUGCUUUGUAUUAUCAUCAAUGACCAAAUUGAUGUAAACAUGUUCACUUGCAGGGCAGGAAAACCUCCCCCAGGAUUACAUUUAGAUGUUCUCAAGGAUGGGAAAAUGAUACAGGUGCUCAGUUGUUUUCAUAUUUUCUUUAAUUUACAAGAAAAAUGACUGAACCAAAAUUUUAGGGAAGUAUUGAUGUUUUUUUUUAAUACAUGUCUUUUCAUCUAUUGCAAGUCAAUGUGUGGUGAACUUGAACUCAGAAGGAGAGAUGCCGUUUUGUUAACUAACUUAGAAGAAAGUAUUGAUGCUUUACAAAUGUUAUAGAUGUUAAUUAUCUUAUGUUUACUCCUAGAUUAAUAUUGACUCUGAUUUUUAAAAAAAAAACAUUAGGGAAGAAUUUAAAACCGCUGUAACACUUUAAAAAACUAAUUUCAGAAACUGAUGAUUGAUGAGAAAAAAUGUUACUUCUUUGGUCGCAACAAACAGCUAUGUGAUUUCACUAUAGACCAUUCGUCGUGCUCCAGGGUUCAUACUGCUCUAGUAUGGCACAAGCACCUGUCCCGGCCAUUUCUCAUUGAUUUGGGAAGCAGUAAGUUUGGAGACAUUUUAUUUCAAUGUAAAAGAAUACAAGAAGUUAAUUUUUUUUUCACUAAAAGAAAAAGUAUUUAAAAACAGUAAUCAUUUAAGAUAUAAUGCUUAUUCUGCAUUCCCUUUUUUGGGUAUGGCAUUAUCCUAAUAAAAUCAAAUGAACAAGUAAGAUUGAUUUAAUUAUUUUAAAAUGUGAAUUUUGUAUUUUCAAGCUUUAUAAACAUAGUCCUUUAUUGGUAAAAUUGAAAGUUUUGGUAGUUUGUGAUAAAAUAUGUUACAAUAUUGAAAGAUGUCUUUUGCUUUUCUCUUCAAGCCCAUGGAACAUAUAUUGGCCACAUUCGGCUUGAAGCUAAAAAACCCCAACAAAUACCCAUAGACAGUGAGAUACACUUUGGUGCUUCCACUAGAAUAUACAUAAUACGUGAGCGCCCUCAGAUGGGAACAUUAGGUAUGGAUGAAAAGGAUGGAAAGAGAGAUGACUCUGAAGGAAAUUUGCUUGGUCUUCCCGAGUCUGAGACUGAAUUAGAUGUGAGUGUUGGAAUGAGGCUAACCACAUAUAGAAAGUGUAUACUUGUUACCUUCAUUUGAUUUAAAUGCAAAGUGCAUUAAACUUUGAUGAAGUUGAAAUUUCUACAAGCCACUUUUACCAGAUGCAAAAAUGCUCUCUUAAAGUCAAGUUUUGUGUACUAUUGACAUUUUCUUAAACAUUUUCUGGAAUUUUAAAUUCCAGCCGCUUUAGCUUUGACUGGUAAGACUAAAACUAUUUUUGUGCAGACCACUUUUUGCUUGAAGCCAUGCUAAGUUGGCUGCUGUCUGAAGACUUCAACACUUUUUAAUUCAAGUUUUACCCCCUUAUACAUCAUAGAAUAUCUGUUUUACUUGUCUUAAGACUUUUUACCACCUGACUAUUCAAUGUUAGCUUGGCACAGGCCCUGAAAAUAAUUUAACGUACAACUUCCUAGUUGAGAGGCGCAGACAUAAAUUUAUAUAAUAAUAAUCAAUUUCAAUUAGAUACAUUGGAACUUUAGAUUUUUUUCAGUUUUCUUUAACACCUUUCAGGACUGUUUGAAAAUAAGUUUUAGAAUUAUUAUAUAAUUUUAAAAUAAGAAUCAAGCCUUAAAAGCUUGUUUAUUAAUUCUGUACUGUAUCUGUUGCUUUGAGGAGGAUGCAUCACUUAGAUUUCCAUUAACAAAUAGAAUAAUCAUCAUAUUACUUUUAAUUUUAUGUUUUUCAAUGAAUCUUAUUGGAUGUUGUUUUAUUCUGUCACAUAUUAUUAUUUGCUACCAUUUAAACUAUGCUUUAUAUCCAGAAUUUAACAGAGUUUAACACAGCCCACAACAGGCGUGUGAUUUCUGUAGCAGACAUGCCAGAUGUUCCUAAUCCUUUGAAGCGCAAGCACAAAAAUUUCCAUGUAGGUUUUGCUGACGAGGAAGAAAUCAUCAAUCCAGGUAUAUAAGGACACACAUUUUUAAGAACGAUCAUGCAUACUCAGAUUCUUAUAGCUUGCCAGAAUUACACAAGAGGCUAUUCAAAACAAGACUAGCUUUCUCAGGAAGUUUUCAGAAUAAAGAAUGAAUAAAUGUGACUUAAUAAAGUAUUAUCAGAGAAAAUUAAAUGGGAAGAUGGUGAGAGAUUAUAUACAUAUUCUUUUUAAUUUGAAUUUUGGAAGAGAAUUUUUAAAAAAUUGAGGCAUUAUCUUCCUUGUAAUAAAAAAAUAAUGAUAUCUAAUGGAUUCAACCCUAAACCUCCUCGAAUAAUAAUUUUUGAGGACCUUUGACUCCAUCUUAAACAAUUUAUAACUCUAAUUUAUUAUGUCUCGGCUUUGUAGGCAAUGUAUUUUAUUUAUUCUAAAAUGUUACGUUUACAUAUCAAACAAAACAAUAAUCACCACUUCUGUAAAUCCCAUUGAUAAAGUUUAGGAAAGGUUUGUUUGAAAGUAUUUCAGUCAGCUAGAGAUAUUCACGUUUGGUUUAAUGACCAGAGACCUUAAGUCAUUCCGGCAGAGAACAGGCUUGUUAAUUAAACAUGUCUAAACUAAGGGAAGUAACUAUGGUUUUCGAAUCAACUGGUUAAAAAAAAUUAAAUUGAUUUUGUUCAAAGUUCCUACUAAUUCAUUGGCUAAAGAGGUAUGACAAAACCAUUUUUAAAAAAAACAAGCAUUUUAGAAGGAAAAAAAUGAAACAAAAUAAGGACGUAUGGUUUUCUUAAUUGAAAUCAUUUCAGUAUUUUACAUCUUCACUGUUUACAGCUGGAAGUCUCAUGAUAUCAGAGUUCAAUUCUACGGACAUGUCAAGAUGCAUAACCACUUUUGAAAAUCCAAUUACUCACCAAAUGUUGCCCAUGAGUUAAUUCACCUGUAUGUUCAUCAAUAUUUGUUUAUUGAAAUUUAAAAGCAUUUUUUGUUUUUGACAUUUAAAAAAGGAAGAAAUUUACACAUAAAUGUUUCUCUUUGCAGAAGAUAUAGAUCCAUCCAUUGGCCGUUUUAGAAAUUUAGUGCAAACUACAGUGAUACCCACCAAAGUGAGUUUUAUGUACUGUUUUAACUGUAUUUUUGAGGUUUAUUUUUAAAAAAACCUGGUUAAUGUACAAACUGUUAACAUUGCCAUUUUGACAGACAGCCAGGUUGCAUUUUGAGUCCAGGUAACAAUAGGGAUGCCCUAGAUCAGUUUACCAGCCUUUCAAUGGAGUAUUUUUAGUUCUUCUUUGUUUUGUUUAAAUCAUUUGAAUAUCCGUUACCAAAUCGAUAUCUUAUGGCUCCUACACAUGUUACUGUGCAUACUUUUUUUAUUUUCAUCUCCCCUCACGCUGCAGCCUGUAUUUCCUCUAACCCUGGCAUACUUAUUUAUAUGCUAGGUAAAUUCUCUCCCCCUUCCCUACUCCACAAUGAAAAUUAUAAUCUUGCAAUUUAACUACCCUAAUCCUAAUCAGUUUAUAUGUAGUAUAUGGAUUAGGGAACAACCUGAAAUCGUGGUAAUGUAAGAUAAGUUUCUUCAUGAAUACUGUGCAAAGGUACUCGGAUUCAUAUGCGGAUUUGGAAAAUAGGAAUCCUGAAAAACUCUGAUUUGGUACCUGGUGAAAAUGUCUACCCGGUUGUUCCCUAAUUUGGAUGACACCUAUCUCGAUUUUCUUUUAAAUGUAUUUGCUUCUCAUUAAUCAGAGCUUGGCCUUCUAUCCCCAGAGAGGAAAACUGGACCUCAGUAUUGUCAAUUCCGGCUUGCACCUACACACAAACAAACACCCGCACAGCGCAAACAGUUUGUACGGUGACCUGCCGUCGGUAGGCCCAGGCUCCAUGUUGGCCAACCCGCUCAGUAUUGCGGCCAAGCUGGGGCUUCCUGUGCCCAACCUGGCGCCGGAUGUUGACUUUGAGAGCCCCGUGCCCCCACCGGCGCACACCAACGCCAUCCCUAUGGCAGUGGUGGAAGAGCAGGGCCCCAAGGAGCCCAAGAAAAAGAAGUACGCCAAGGAGGCCUGGCCCGGCAAAAAGCCCACCCACAACCUCUUGGUCUGAAUAUCGGCAUCGUAUGGCUGCGUCUGUAUGUGUGACUGAGUGGGUUGGAAGUUUCGUUCAUGCUGCCAUUGUAUAACUUUUCACACGGUCAUCAUGUGAGUGGUAUGCGAGAGAGAAUGUGACGAUUCAAGUGAAGUGGACAAUUUAUUUCACCGUUGGGAGGAUCAGCUGAGAGUUUUGCAUAUGAAAGCAAAUGUACCUUUCAGUCCAAUCUUAAAAAUGAACAGAAUUAUCAAAAGUGUUGUCUCAGAAUCUGCUACUGGGAAGCUAAAGCUGUC